CGAUAAGAAUCUCUCCUAGGACCAAAAAAAAAAAAAUAUAAUAAUCUCUCCUACACUUAGUCACACUCUCUCGCCGUCAUAAUUACCGGCGAUGUCGUACAAGAGCCUCGACGCCGUUACGGUCGCCGACAUCGCAGCUCUCGGGAUUGAGCCGGAGCUCGCCAACAGACUCCAUGGAAGUCUCGCUAAGAUCAUCGCCGAUCACGGCGCUGCCACUCCGGACACGUGGCGCAGUAUCACUGGGCACGUGCUCAGCCCGGACCUCCCCUUCUCCUUCCACCAGAUGAUGUACUACGGUUGCUAUAAGGACUUCGGACCCGACCCGCCCGCCUGGCUCCCCGACCCGGAGACUGCGGUUUUAACAAAUGCCGGCCAGCUACUGGAGAGGCGGGGAAAAGAGUUUUUGGGUUCUCAAUAUAAGGAUCCCAUAUCUAGCUUUUCCGAUUUUCAGGAGUUUUCGGUGUCAAACCCAGAGGUUUAUUGGAAAACUGUACUAGAUGAGAUGAAUGUGUCGUUUUACAAGCCGCCCCAAUGUAUUUUACGUGAGAAUCUGUCUGGAGAUGGGCAUUUAUUAGUUCCAGGAGUUCAAUGGCUUCCUGGAGCAUGUGUGAAUCCAGCAAAGAAUUGCUUGAGUUUAAAUUCUAAGAGGAGCUUGAAUGAUACAAUGGUAGUAUGGCGUGACGAAGGAAAGGAUGAUCUGCCUUUGAAUAAGAUGACACUUAAAGAAUUGCGUGCAGAGGUUUGGUUAGUUGCACAUGCUCUCCAAGCACAAGGUCUGGAGAAAGGAUCUGCAAUCGCAAUCGAUAUGCCAAUGAAUGUCAUUUCUGUAGUUAUCUACCUGGCUAUUGUUCUGGCAGGUUACGUAGUUGUAUCAAUCGCUGAUAGUUUUGCUCCCCCUGAAAUAUCAACCAGACUAAAAAUUUCGGAGGCAAAAGCCAUAUUUACCCAGGAUGUAAUAGUUCGUGGUGAGAAAAGUCUACCCUUGUAUAGUAAAAUCGUGGAUGCUCAAUCUCCUAUGGCCAUUGUUCUCCUUACAAGGGGCUCCAAAUCUAGUGUGAAAUUGCGUGAUGGUGACAUUUCUUGGCAUGAUUUUCUAAACACAGUAAAAGAUUUCAAAGAUGAAUUCGCUGCUGUGGAACAACCUGUAGAAGCAUUUACAAAUAUCCUCUUCUCAUCUGGAACUACUGGGGACCCAAAGGCAAUUCCAUGGACCCAUUCAACUCCUUUCAAAGCAGCUGCAGAUGCCUGGUGCCACAUGGACAUUCGUAAAGGUGAUGUUAUUGCUUGGCCCACAAAUCUUGGGUGGAUGAUGGGUCCUUGGUUGGUGUAUGCUUCGUUGUUAAAUGUUGCUUCCAUUGCCCUAUACAAUGGAUCUCCACUUGGACCUGGCUUUUCCAAGUUUGUUCAGGAUGCCAAAGUAACAAUGCUUGGCGUAAUCCCUAGUAUUGUUCGGACAUGGAAAAGUACAAAUUCUACUUCAGGCUAUGAUUGGUCAGCCAUCCGUUGCUUUAGCUCCACCGGUGAAGCAUCAAAUGUAGACGAAUACCUAUGGCUGAUGGGGAGGGCUGGAUACAAGCCUAUCAUAGAGUAUUGUGGUGGUACAGAAAUUGGCGGUGCCUUUGUUUCUGGGUCAUUGUUGCAGGCUCAGUCUUUGGCUUCUUUUAGCACUCCAGCUAUGGGCUGCAGUUUGUUUAUUCUUGGCACUGAUGGAAGUCCUAUUCCACAAAAUGAACCAGGGGUUGGUGAACUGGCGCUUGGUCCCCUCAUGUUUGGAGCUUCGAGUACACUGUUGAAUGCUGAUCAUUAUGAGGUCUAUUUUAAGGGAAUGCCAUUAUGGAAUGGGAAGGUUUUGAGAAGACAUGGGGAUUUGUUUGAGCGGACAUCCAGGGGUUACUAUCAUGCUCAUGGUCGAGCAGAUGAUACAAUGAAUCUUGGAGGCAUCAAGGUUAGUUCUGUUGAGAUUGAACGAAUCUGUAAUGCAAUUGACACCAACAUCCUCGAGACAGCUGCCAUUGGGGUGCCGCCUGCUGGAGGCGGACCAGAGCAGCUGGUAAUUGCUGUUGUAUUUAAGAAUUCAGAUAAUCCACCUGCAGAUUUGAAUCAAUUAAGAGCAUCCUUCAAUUCAGCUGUGCAGAAGAAACUAAAUCCCUUGUUUAAGGUUUCUAGAGUUGUGCCCCUCCCUUCUCUUCCAAGAACAGCAACAAAUAAGGUCAUGAGAAGGAUUCUGCGGCAGCAGUUUGCUCAAGUAGACCAAGGUGCUAAGCUAUGAAAGAAGAGUUACUCUUGAAUAAAGGCAAUGCCAAGCACCUUACUUGAUGCAUAAAAUGUUCAACCAUUUGUUAUCGUCCAAUAAUAAACUUUUUGUACAGAUUCGUUACAAACUUUCAAUAUUCAUCAGCAUUUCUACUCUUGAAAGAA